UUCGUCCAAUGGUAAGUAGCGUAGCACACUGUCGCUACCAACGUGUCUUUGACACGCAUGCGUUUUUCUCAAUAUUGUCAGCGAUCGGCAAACGUAAUCGAAGCUGAAAUUAUGUCUUCGUAUCUUUGCAGUUCUUUCAUGAGAACGUUAAAAUCCCAAACUUUGAGUAAUCAUGGAUUAACUUAUAACAUCCAAAGACAAUUCAGCAAAUCUUCUGUUCUUACCAAAAACGUACGUGCUGGUCAGCCAAAAAUUUCACUCCGUCAAGACAAGCCUUUAACAUAUGAACAGUCUCAACCUCCUUACCUAAUUGGUGUAACAAAGUCUUGGAAUUCUUGGAACACUACCACUCUUCACGAGGAAGGAAGAAGAGCUUCUGAAGUCACAGUUGAUGAUGUCUUCAUUCGUCGAUUUAUGCACGGUACAUGGCCUCAGUUACUCAUGUCAGAAGUUAUCAUAAAGAGGCGCCAUAAUUUAAUUGUCAUUGCAGCAUUAAUUUCUCAAAAUCUCUUACCACAAAAAAUAUAUUUUUUGCAAGGCUACACUGAAGAAAUGCUUAGUUACAUCUUAAAAUGCCCAAUCAAACUGGAAAUACAGACAGUUAAAGAUAAAAAAGAUAUAAUAUUUAAAUAUAUAUAAUUUAAUGUA